GCAGCUCCGGGUGUGUGUCUCACUGCCUGCCUCUGCUGCCUUCCUGCCUGCCUGCUCUUUCUGCUCCACUCUGCUCUCUUUUAUUUCUUUCCUCCUCACUCCCCCUUCUCUCUCUCUCUGUCCUCUCUCUUUGUCCGUCUGUUUCAGAACAACUUGCCCAAAUCCAUUUGCUUCAAUGUAGAGAUGACACAUUAUUUCCUUUUCUUUCUCCCUCUCAUUCUCUGUCUCUCUUUAGUCUGUUCCUCCCACCCAUUUCUCUUUCUCUCGCUCUCUCUCUCCCUCUCUAACUAUCAUUCUUGCUUCUCCUGAUUUGCAUAGAGGAUAUGAGCACUUUUGUAUUUAGAACUGCAACAGUUCCUCUUAAAACCAAAAAAGAGAGAGCAACAAGAGAAAAAAGAAAAAAAAGCAGCACUGAACAACUGGCUAGCAGCACUCGCUGCAAUCGUUUCAGGACACAUACAGGUGCAGCCAUCGCUCUACUUUACACCCUCCAGGUCUGCACACCCUGGGCUGGGAUGUUGGGGUCUUAGCAUUGAAGUACAGCGAAUGCUGUACAGGAUGAUGGAGAGCUGGCAGAACUAGAACAACAGGAUUGAAUUCUGAACUUACUCUCUACUUAGAGCAGCAGUCUACAUACUGAAUCCUCCUGUAUCAAAGAAACAUCACACAUGCUAAACUGCAAUUGUGAGUACUGUACUAGCUCAUCAAAGGAAGGAACGACCCACGAGGAAAUCUUAGAGACAAAGUCAAGCACACCGCACUCCCCUACAGCUGUGGACCUUGUCUCCAUUUCUGAGGAGAUCAACUCAAAAGAACUGCAACUUGUCAGCUGGAAAAAGAAGGAUACUUCCUCAUCUCUUGACUCUAAGAACCCUGCAAUUGACUCAUCACUUACUGGAAGUCCAACCUGUGAACAAUCUGUGCUAACUAGAGUGUCCUGUGAGCAUUUGCCUGGAACAUCACUGGAGGGAAGUGCCAUCUCAAGCUCAAAAUGUGCUAAUGUAUUUAAAACGACUAGAUGGGCUGACCAGGUUUUCAACAAAAUACACAGAGACUCUCAUGAUGCCCCUAACUCUUUAAGAAGCAAGCAUUCAGAAAAAGUGGUGCAGGGUAGCAUGGCAUUGCCAUUGAGCAGUAGUAAUGAGACUAUAUCAGCAGAUGGCCCUAGUGGCACAGUCCUUCAGAGUGAGGAAGUCAAUUCUUCAAGGAAUGAUCUUCAACCAUCUACCAGAAAUACCACAACCACCAUGAUGGACUUAGAUACAAGUAGCAGUGAUGAUGAGGGCAAGUUAAUUAUCGAACUCUAGAAGCAGAUGUGUUGGCACAGCAGCACUGACACUAAAACGAUCCAAUAUUUUGGGUGGAUUGGUGUCUGCUUUUAGUAAGCAGCCAAGGGACUCAUAAAUACUCAUUUGGCCUUCUGUACAAAGCUGACAUCAGUGCAUACCAUAAUAUGGGAUUUUCAGUUUCUUUUAUUGUCUGCUUUCUGGAUAAUCUUUUGCUUUCACAGAUUGUGUACUUUACUUAUGUCACUUCCUAAAUGAAAUAUUUCAAAUAAAUCAAACAUGGCAAACAA